CUUCUUCUUCUUCUUCUCAGCAAAUCAAAACAAACUUUAUCAGUUCCGAUCUGCUCCCCAUUGACUAGAGAAGCAAGAAGCUCUUUAUACGAUCUUCAAGCUUCAAAAACCCUUUAAUCGGAUCGGAUUCACGGAUUUAGCUCAAUCUUGCUUUUUGUUUUGCGGAGAUCUUUUAUGGGUUUGAAACUUUGAACUGAGUUUUGUCAAUUUUAAAUAUUCGGAUUUGAACCAUUGAAUAUGGUUCUGAAAUUUUCUUCUUUAUUUGUGCCCACAAGGUUUUCGAUGAUUUGCCUCAAUGGGUUGUUGUGUGUUUAGAAAAAAAGUGUUUUUUUUUUUUUGUUUUGGGUGAUUUUUGUGGCAGUGGAGAGAUAUGAAUGGUGGAGAUGCUUCUAGCUUCGAGCAGUGUUACCGUUGUUACCCAGUCAUGUUCAUUGACAAGGCACAUCUUGAGAAGGGUGACAAAAUUAUCAUGCCUCCUUCUGCUCUUGAUCGUCUUGCUUCUCUGCAUAUUGAAUACCCAAUGCUGUUUAGACUGAGUAAUGAUUCUGUUGGGAAGACUUCGCAUUGCGGUGUACUGGAAUUUACUGCAGACGAAGGGAUAGUUUACUUGCCGUAUUGGAUGAUGCUAAACAUGUCUCUUCAAGAGGGAGAUUUUUUGCAAGUUAAGAAUAUCAGCUUGGUAAAAGGGACUUACAUUAAGCUACAGCCUCAUACUCAAGACUUCUUGGAUAUUUCCAAUCCUAAAGCCAUCUUGGAGACUACUCUUAGAAGCUACUCGUGCUUAACCACCGGUGAUACUAUUAUGGUUCCUUAUAACAACAAGCAAUAUUUUAUCAAUGUAUUAGAAGCAAAGCCUUCUUCAGCUGUGAGUAUUAUCGAAACGGAUUGUGAGGUCGAUUUUGCUCCUCCUCUUGAUUACAAAGAACCUGAGAAGCCACAAAAGUUGACUCCCUCCACUAAACGGUCUCGUGAAGUUGAGGAAGAGGAACCAACAAGCAAAGUUCCCAAAUUUACACCGUUCACUGGAUCAGGAAAACGUUUAGAUGGAAAAACACAACCACAAACUGAAUCAGAAGAUACAAAACAGCAGGAAAAGCCAACUGAGAAUAGGAAAGACGAUGAGAAGCUGUCAGUUACCACACCACGGCAACGAUCAGGGAAGCUUGUCUUUGGUUCAAACAGCAAACCAACUGCAAAAGAAAAUGUGAAACUUGAUCCAAAGAACAUCGAGCAAGAGAGUUCAACAAAAUCCGAUGAAGCGAAGUUUCAAGUGUUCACAGGAAAGAAAUACUCACUCCAGGGUUAAAACAAGGCAUUGAUCAUAUGUCUCUGUGGUUCUGCUGACGAUAUUUAUCUAUUUAAGCAUUCAUACAUUGGAACCUACACUACAAAGACUCUCGGGAUAACAUAGAUGUCUCUGAUAGCUUUGUUUUUAAGGGUUAUAGUUUUUUUUUUCUCAAUCUAUACAAAGCUCCCUCAUUCAUCGACCGAGUGGGAGCUUGGGAUGUUUAGGAAAAUGAUUUCAUCAAA